AUGGCUGACUACAGCAGCGUGGCUCCCCCGUCCUCUAACGCCGGUGGUGGGAUGAACGACGCUUUCAAAGACGCCUUGCAACGAGCACGACAGGUGAGAGAAUUUGUUUUUCAUUUCUGCCCCCCAAAAUUGAGGUAAAAACAGAAGAAAAUGGCUAGUUUUACCUCUUAAGCGUCGCGGCAUACUGCAGCAAGGCGGGCUAAGCUAAAACCAUGACUCGCUAACUUUCACGGUAACUGUUACGCCACAUCGAAAAAUGCACAAAUAUGCACGUAGAAGCGACUACAGCGAAAUGAAAUGGGUUAAAUAGACAAAAAUGAACAGUUUUAAAUCACCUCAUGGUGUGCUUAGAGUUAAAUUUAGUGAGAAGACUGGAAGUUUUCGCCUUCCUUUGUUGGUUAGUCUCCGGGCACAGUUGUAGGCCGCAGCCAGCGUCUCCCGGUCUGAACAUCGUAACCUCAACAUUAUGCAGAUUGUACAUUUAAAAUGUGUUUUUAUGUCUUUUUUUUAUGUUUUAGAUCGCAGCGAAGAUUGGUGGUGAUGGCGUAGCGGCACCUCCAUCGAACGAAUUCGGCUACGGAGGCCAGAAAAGGCCCCUGGAGGACGCUGGUGGGUAUUUUCCCAUGCCUAACCUGAAUAUCGGUCAGUGGCUCAAAUCGAUUCAAUGAAGUCUAGAUAAUCAAUGCCUGCCUCUGUUUUUAGCUAAUAUGAAAUGGUUGUUGUAUGAGAAGAUGUACCCAAAUUAUCGUAAUACAAGCAGAAAGUCUUUACAUUCUAACAGUUUUACUGAUCUGUCUUAAUUUCUGUUUAUCCAUUAAUCAUUAGAGAUGAUUGUAUACUUCUGUUAAUAGUAGAUGCAUGUUUGACAUCUGAUAUUUUAACUGUCUGCCUUCACAGGUGUGUGAGAUCAUUGUCCACUGAUGGAGAUGAAACAAUGUUUGUAAUAACUGAUUAUUUCUGUAUAAAAAAAGAUAGGCCUGAGACUGAUAAUGGGGGUUGAAGAUGGGCAACAGGUUGAGCUGGUUUCAGUUUGACUUUAAGUAUUGGUUUAAUGAAGUCUUGGUGCAGUUAAGUCAAGCUUCUGUCACUGUCUUGGUACAAAAGUAUUAAAUAGAGAGUCAUUUUUUGGCAAAAGUGUGCUUGUCUCCUAUACAGCAAGUUCAAAUAUGCCCCCUUUUUAGCCAGAUUCUACUAAACCCUCCAGCUGACCCGUUGUGUCUUAUAGAAAAGCACGCUGGUUGCAACUGUUGCAGAAGGAACCUGAGCGAGUUUACAGCUUUGUAACUUUUGCACGUGGCUUUGUCUUAUUUACUUGGGUACUUCUCCUUCUCUUGGUGCUAUUUUAACAACCUGACUUCCUUCUAAGGCAUCUUCUGGUGGUGAAAUGUGAGCCACUGCAGAAAGUAAUAAAAACGACAGUUCCUUAAAUACUCAAAGCUGUCUCCAAAAGCCUGAAAGUAAUCCAGAAAAUAUGACAUUUCUCUCAUCUUAGUCCAAAAUGUUUUGGCUCUUAGUAGUGCUAGUUUUCUCAAUUUUCUUUGGCUUUCUCGCCUUCACUUGAUAGGAUAGACUAAUUAGGAGCAAACGUGGUAAGUGACACGCAGAAAAGGAGCCUCCAGCUAGAAACGGUCAUAACCCGGGCUGGCUGUGUUUACCGCUUGGCGAGUGGCACUCCCUAAAUUGUUUUCUCACUCACUGGUUUUGAAGAGAAAAGGUCACAAGUUUCAUGUAACUUGGAGCUUGCUGACUUGGAGUGAGAGGCGAACACACUAGCUGUUAUUGAAAUGAUUAAGGGCCAGAGUAAGUUGAGUCAUCUUUUCCAGUGCGGUAACCUCGACUGAUAAGCCUCCAAAUUCUGCAUCAGACACGAAUGAUGCCACUGAGACGGUGUCCAUGUUGUUUAUAGUCACUUCUGAUCUUACAUUACAUUGUGUGACUGAAUGGGAUAUUUCUUUGGCACAUAUAUAUAUAUAUAUAUAUAUAUUAUAUAUCAAUCAUAUAAACUGACCAUACCCUUAUCGAUGGAUGUUGAACUCUUAGAGCAGUGCAAGCUUCUACCUUGUGCCUCAUUGUGUGCCUUCCCUUUAAUGCUUAUCACUCCCUUCACAUGGAAGAAAACUGUUGGUUAUUAGCUUGUGGAUAUGAUGAAUAUUUACCCCAGUUAUUUUGUCAUUUUUCCACAGAUCAACCAGAGACAAAGAAAGUGGCGACAAAUGACGGUACGCAUUUUGUUGUUUUGUUUUGAUCAUUCCCACCUGUUACAUUUAGACUCAUCAGUGUGAAACUGUAUGAUUAGGGAUAUUUCCUCUAAUGCAAUGAUUUUCUUUUUUGGUUCAAUAGCCUUUUCAGCAAUGGGAGGAAUGGGCGGCCCUCCAAGGUGAGCACUUGGAGUUAAAAUUCCGGUUAUUACUUCUUCUAUAUUCAACCAUCUGCUGCAAAGCUAACCUUGAUCCAUCCUGUCGUUCUCAGGUCAUUAUCAGAGGAGUUCAAAGUCCCUGAUGGAAUGGUUGGAUUCAGUAAGUAAUCAUUAAAGCAGACGCAAAUAUUUAAUCACCUGUAAUUGGUAUCUGGCAAUAACACGCCUAAUUUCUCCUAGUAAUUGGAAGAGGUGGCGAACAAAUAUCUCGUCUGCAGCAGGAGUCUGGCUGUAAAAUACAGAUCGCACCUGGUAAGAUUGGGCUAGAUUUUUAUUGGCUUUCAUUUGCAAUUUGUAAUCUUUAAGUUGUAACUAACCGCUUCUUCUCUGUGUUGUAGAUAGCGGUGGCAUGCCGGAUAGGUCGGUAACAUUAACUGGACCACCAGACUCCAUCCAGUAAGUUCUUUUUGUUUUUAGUUUAAUUGUUCCUAAGAGGAAAAACCUGAAGUUUUUGAAGCAGAAAUGCAAUUUUUUUAAUAAGACAAGCAAAGAAAGUUUCUGAAAUUGUGUUGUGUGCCAGCCACUUAAUUUAAAUUGUGUGUUUAUGCCAAGUCCUGUUCAAAAUCUUACAUACAGUGUGUGAUUGUGUUUUUUGUCCCACCAGGACUGCAAAGAGACUUUUAACAGAGAUAGUAGAGAAGGGACGUCCAGCUCCAGCCUUCAACCACAAUGAUGGUCCGGGAAUGACUGUCCAGGAGAUCAUGGUCCCUGCUUCUAAAGCUGGGCUUGUCAUUGGAAAAGGAGGAGAGACCAUCAAAAGCCUUCAGGUCAGUGGAAAGUUGAUGUUUGAGAAGUGGUUACUGCUUUUUUAUCAGGUCAAACAAUCAGCAUUACCACACCAUGAUGGCAUCAUUCACCUCCUCUGUUUGCUUUCAGGAAAGAGCCGGAGUGAAGAUGGUCAUGAUCCAAGACGGACCCCAAAACACAGGCGCAGACAAGCCGCUCCGCAUUUCAGGAGAACCUUUCAAAGUCCAGGUGAGUAAGAUGUUUGACUGUUGUAUUUUGAGAUGUGACUCACCUCUUGUUGUAGGCUGGCGAUCAAGAGAGCCGUGCUAUAAUGAAUUGUACUUUCUGUUCCCCUCAGCAAGCCAAAGAGAUGGUGAUGGAGCUGAUCAGAGAUCAGGGCUUCAGGGAGCAGAGGGGAGAGUACGGCUCACGAGUCGGAGGUGGCGGAGGAGACAGUUUAGAUGUGAGUAUUAGUUAGAGCUUUGUCUUUUUUGUUCUGGAGCUGAGGGCUUGAAUCUGUGUCUUAACUCUGUUUUCUGUCAUUUAGGUUCCUGUUCCCCGGUUUGCUGUUGGAAUCGUGAUCGGCAGAAAUGGAGAGAUGAUCAAGAAAAUCCAGAACGACACAGGCGUCAGAAUUCAGUUUAAACCAGGUGAGUCUGAGCGGUCAAGGAAGGAUAAUGGCACAGAUUAAAAUGUGUACGGUCCGUGAUGAAAACUCAUGCACCACGCUGAAGAAGUGAUGGAUAACCCUAACCCUAAUUUAUCUGAGACCUCAACACAUACAAGACUGCGUAUCAAAUGGGAGUUAAUGUUCUGUGUAGAGAUGUGAAUCAACCAAACUCAAAGUCUCUUCUUCCUUCCCUCCAGACGAUGGCAGCACGCCUGACAGGAUAGCACAGAUCAUGGGCCCCCCUGACCAGGCGCAGCACGCAGCAGAGAUCAUUUCUGACCUGCUGAGGAGCGUACAGGCCGGCGGUCCCCCUGGGCAUGGUGGUGGCAGGGGUCGUGGUCGCGGGCAGGGAAACUGGAACAUGGGCCCCCCUGGUGGCCUGCAGGAGUUUACCUUCACCGUCCCAACCAUGAAGACAGGGCUCAUUAUUGGGAAAGGCAAGUGAAGAGGCCACUUUGAACCAGAUUUCCAUUCAGACAAAGAUGAUUCCUCGAUUCUUAAGUUGUUAACAUUCCUAGUUUGCUGUUUUGUCUCAUAGACUGGUGGACAAAUUUAAGGAAUAUACGUGAGGCAGUUUUUUCACUCAUGGUUUCUGGUUUCCUCAGGUGGUGAGACAAUCAAAGGCAUCAGCCAGCAGUCUGGAGCCCGGAUCGAGCUGCAGAGGAAUCCUCCUCCCAAUGCUGACCCCAACAUCAAAAUGUUCACAGUCCGCGGCUCCCCUCAACAGAUCGACUACGCCCGGCAGCUGGUGGAGGAGAAAAUCGGGGUUCGUUUAUUUUUCACUUGAUGUUUAACUUUUUUUUACUUUGAAGGUUUUUUUUUCUGACUGGGAAAUGUUCUGUUUUUAGGGUCCAGUCACUCCAAUGGGUGGGCCGCACGGUCCCCCUGGUCCACAUGGAGGUCCAGGCCCACAUGGUCCCCCUGGGCCACCUGGACCACCUGGGGCCCCCAUGGGUCCGUACAAUCCUGGGCCAUACAACCAGGGACCUCCAGGACCUCAGUGAGUUUCAUGUUUUAAGUGGAUGAUUAAUGAAUCAAGUUCAUAGGGUGUUUGCAGGUCUAUGAAGCACCAAAGGAGUCAAAGCAGGAUAACUGAUGACUAGUUUAAUGUGAAGUUUAGUUUCUUUUUGAUUCCUUUUUAAAAACAGUCAAGACUUUAUCUCUGUAUAGCAUAAGAAAUUAGUCAAAUAAUGUUUAAAUCAACUCAUGAGAGUGUGUGUAGAGCUGUACAGCAGUGCUGAGACACAGGUGAAGGUGUGAAAGUUGAUGGUGUUGUGUUGUCUUUCUUUAGCGGUCCACCUGCGCCUUAUCAGCCUCAGGGAUGGGGCAACGGUUACCCACACUGGCAACAGGGACAACCUGAUCCCAGUGAGUACCUGCUGUUAUCUCUUAUUGUUGGACAGCUUUACAAUAACAAAUGAAAAAGUGUUGACUCUGCUCUCUCCGUCACACUGUACUGUGUGAAGGAAUUGAAAUUUGAUGUAAUAAGCUUUUCUCCGGUUUUGUCAAAAAUCUGGCUUGUGUCAAGAUAAAGCAGCUGCGGAUGCCAACGCGGCGGCGUGGGCAGCCUACUAUGCUCAGUACAGCCAGCAGCCACAGGCUCCCAUGACCCCGACAAGCGGAGCUCCCGGCACGACUCAAGCCAACGGCCAAGGUAACUGACAUGUUCCUCCUCUAGCAGCUCCUCGGUGCCCCCUAGAAAAAGCAGCAAGUGCUUAGACAAGCGCAGAAUAGUGUAGCUAACUAGCUGGAGUCCGUAGUGUUCUGUGCUCAUGUCGUCCUGCUGUCGCUAACAGGAGGCCAGUUGUUUGAUUUAACCUUUUAAAAUGACUUUGCUUUUGCAGAGAAGCUUCUUUUUUUUCUUUUAAACAUUUUUUUUAUAUUACCCCAGGGACAGGAUAGUUUUCUUCCACCACCCCUUAGGCUGACAGCUCGACCCAGGCAGGUGGAGGACAGACUGCUGAGAAUGCUCCACUAAUUACAAGUUACCGUUCUUUUUAACAGGUGACCCACAGGCUGCAGGUCAGAGUGGACAGGCAGAUUACUCCAAGGCCUGGGAGGAAUAUUACAAGAAAAUGGGUAUAUGAACGUAGCUUCAGUGUACACCUAUUAACACAAGACAGUCUAAACAGCCGCUGGGUGUUCAAUCAGCUUCUUUUUCAGGUCUGGGUUUUUGCUGGCCUGCUGUGGAGCCUUUUCACUGUGCCUCCACUUUGUCUUAACAUUGACCCUUGUGCUGUUUAGACUGCAACACUUUGACUAUCUACAGGACUGAGCUGUCGACACAGAACCACCUUUUUCACGAGCUUAGAGUAGCUUAUUUUCCAGAGUAUCUUAGGGCUCUUACCAACACUGAAGGAUGUGCCAUGAAUGUUUACUGCCACUGAAUGUUAAAGAGAUAACAGAUGAAAUGUAGAGUCAAUGUCUUGAGUUUGUAUCAGAUGUCUUUUGGCGCUUUGUUGCAUUUAUACAAUUUUUAUUCUCUCUGUAGGUCAACAGAGUCAACAACCUCAGGACUACACGAAAGCCUGGGAGGAGUAUUACAAGAAACAAGGUGAGAACUGUGAGUCUAACAUCAUAAAGUCUCGUUUUUGCUAUAGAAACAGAUGCACCACGUUUAUCUGGAUUUCAUGUGUUCAGGAAGGCUGAACAUGCAGAAGAAUAUUUAAAGACAUGCAGACAGUAUUGUUAAUCUGGUUAGGUCAUAUUUUAAUCUAGAAUUUCAGUGCAUUUCAUCUGAUUUUAAAUGUCUGGAUGUAAAACAUUAUCAGUUAGCGAUGUGAAAGGGUGGCUGUGCCUCUCCAGCAACCCUCUUCAGUAGAGUGGCUGCUCCCUCAGCCGCCCAACAGAAAAUCAGAAGGUUUCUGUCCUGCCACUUUGAGAAAACUGUGGUGGGUUCGUUCCCCUUCUCAUAAAUGAUGUAACAGGGCGACACAUUUCAGCACUUUUUACCACACUUGUUUCAUAAGCUGCAUUGACCAACCAGCUCUGUUCCCCCUCCCCUCAGGUCAAGCUGCUCCUCAGGCCACAGCAGCGGCAGCAGCAGCCUCCCAACCCGGAGGCCAGCCCGACUACAGCGCUGCCUGGGCGGAGUACUACCGUCAGCAGGCAGCUUACUACGGCACCGCCAACCCUCAGUCGAUGGGUGCAGCCCCACAAGCCCCUCAGGUACACCCCCACUAAAAAUCAGCCCUCCACAUCCACUCAAUACUCAAUUCUUUGUUGUGCCCUAAUCCCGCUUCCUCCCACAGGUUUUACAGGAGUUGCAGUGAUCCAGCAGCGUCACACACUUAACCAAAAACCUUUCCCUCCUUAUACAGGCUUUUAACUUUUUAUUUUGGGAAGCUGAGUCCACUGUUUCUGCUGUUAACAUGCAAUGUAUCUUCUAUGUAUUUCUUUGCACAGGGCCAGUAA